ACUCCACAUUAAUUUAUUUCCCGUCCAAAUAAGUACCAAGCUUUCAAUUUCCUAAUUCUUCCUCCAUCAUCAACACAACAACCCAUCGAUCUCCUCUCCCGCGAUUGCUUCCAUUUCACGUCAACUCUAGGUUUUCGAAUUUCGAUUCAAUCUCAUCUUCAACUUCUCAAAAUGCCUUAAAUUCUCUGUUUUUUCACUUCUAAUGUCGAAUCUUAGCGGAACAUACUCCAUCACUAAAGCCGGUCCGGUCCGAGCCACCGGUUUAGAUCACUUCAUAUUCCGGUUUUCCAGCUCCACAACUGCGUGCCAUGGAUUCUGGCACGAUACGGCGCUGGUAUUACCCUCGGCUUUGUUCAUAGUGUACUUAGGGUUUCAUGCUAGGAGCAACCUUAAGAAGCUCAAUCACCGUCGAUCGUCUAUUAUGAUCGGAUACUAUGGACUUCUGUGGUUUGCUGCUCUUUUAAAUCUAGCUUGGUGCUUUCUUCAGGUGUGGCAGUGCACUCCAGGAAAGCAGGUGGCUUGGAAUCUUCUGUCAUUGUUUGCGACGUCAGCAAUGCUAUUUCUGGAGAUUAGCAUAGUGGCAUUCUUACUUCAGGACAAUUACGCGAGCUGUUUGGAAACUUUAGCACGUACGUUCAUGGUUUCAGGCCUUUUUGUCGGGGCAGAUUUAUUGUUAAAGGUAGUUUUUAUGUUUGGAUUUGGAGUUCCACUUUUCCAUGACGUGGAAAUAGCUCAUAGGGGGAAGUGGGGUGUCUGGUUCACCCACAAACUUCUUCUUACUGGAGCGUAUGGCUACAUAUUAUUUGUGCAUUUCUCAAAGUGGAGAGAUAAGCUGCCUCCACGACCAGCCUUUUACAAUUAUGUCAUUGUCAUGUUUGCAACAACUGCUGUAGUGUUAUUUGCCUGUGGGCUUGCAGGCAUUAAGGCUGACUUUGGACUUUGGUUGUAUAAUUUGGCAGUAGUUUGCUAUCACUCCCUUUAUCUUCCUUUUCUUUAUGUAACGUUCCUAGCUGAUUUUUUCAAGGAGGAAGAUUGGCUUCUGGACAGCGCUUACUACUCAGAGAUGAAAGAUGCAGGAUUUUUUGAUGCUGACUGGGAGUAAGCUUGUAAAACUGGUAGACAAAUAAGUUAUUCCACUGUGUAACUGUAAAUAUUAACUGGAAGGUAUUGCAACAAACAAAACCAAUGUUUAAUUUAAGUCACUAGUGAAUAAUCUGCUCUUUGCAAAGACAUGAACAUUAGUGAAUACACGAAAUUAACUGUUUUGUAAUUUAGAGGGUGUUUGGAUUGGCUUUUAAGUUGGUCAAAUUAGCUUUUAAGCUC